CAAAUAAAAUAUAAUAGGAGAUAAUAUAUUACAAUAGUCCGAGCUAGCAUAUGCUACUGCAUGUUUCAGAACUACAAUAUAACAUCUUAUGAGUGAAGAAAAGACAGUUGCAUCAAUACAAUACGUGUCUAAAUACAAAAAAAAAGAAUCAUGAUGAAACUGUCUUUAUUCAUUUUUUUUCUAUUCUUCGAUAAAUUAAUCACGGCUGAAAAGAGAUGCGACGAAUUGGCACAAAAGUAUUGUGUUAAAGAAUAUGCGAAACUUACCGUACCAAAAUUAGCAACUUGCGACCAUGCGACUGCAGUCAUGCUGGAGCAACACUGUUCGACAUUUCACCGAGACCCCUCAUGAAGGCUGGAGGGUAUGUCAGCCGAAACGUUGUGUUAACAACAAACAAGAUGAGAACAAAUAUCCGUCGAAUGCCAUACUUAGAGUUUCUUCGUUGCUUUGAUUUAAAAGACGAGCCUUGCUUUAACUACUAUAAGAACAAGUACGACUGUGGGGCAAUAAUGGGUAAAAUAGAUUCCAGUAACCAAACAAAGAUGUCGUUCCUAUCAGCAAUCGCUACUGUUUUUGUGGGAAUAUUAUUAACGUAUAACUAAGUAAGGUGAAUGCUACCAUAAACAUACACCUAUCUUAUUCUGAAUAUUUUAAUGAGGCACCAGUCAUGUGCCUCUGAAACAUUUCGACACCAUAGGAUGAAUUCAACAAUUUUAAAAACAUUUUGUUAUUUCUAUUUUACUCCUAAUAAAACUACAAAUCUCAAUA